GCGCACCUCCAACACCCCAGCGAGGCCACACGAGCUUGUGCUAUUUCUAGACCAUUCGAGUCGAGGCGAGUCCACGCACCCUUCCACUCCAAGGGCCCAACGCCCCAACCCCACCGCAGGCAGAUUCCAUCGCGGCGGCCAGAGAGAGCACGAGAUGGCGAUGCGGUCCGCGCUGACCUCCCUCCCCGCGCGCCUCCGCGCCCCCUCGGCGGCGGCGGCGCCCGGCGCCCGGCGCCUCCUCAGCGACGGCAAGGGCCGCGUGCUCAGCGAGGAGGAGCGCGCCAAGGAGAGCGUCUACAUCCAGAAGAUGGAGAGGGAGCGGCAGGAGAAGCUCAAGAAGAAGCUCGAGCAGGAGAAGGCCGACGCCGACAAGACCAAGCCCGCCGACGCCGACAAGAAACCAGAGGGAUCUAACUAGAACGGGCAUGAUGCUGUUUGAAGGCGUGCCUCGGAUGGAUCUAUGUAUUUCAACAUGUCCAUCAAUGAAAGAAAAUAAAAUUCUGUAAAACGUUAAGUGCAGUGGCUAUGCUGUACUUCCCGUUGCCUGCGCAUUGGCAUGUUGAAGACACCAUCAGUAUUUCCAGUCAUAACAGUAUUGCUGUUGAACCUCUUAUGCUUCAUAUGUGUGUUUGCUUGUGGUGCUUUCUUGCCUUUCUAUGAUAAACUGGCCUUGUGAGAACCAGUUUCUGGUCGAA